UUGCUGUCAAAUACGGCAUUAAUCUUCUAGUUACAUGAAGAUGAUGUAGGCGAGACAUCACGCGAGAUCUCGCACAGCGCCAAUUUUGAAUGAUAGGUUGCUUGGAGAACUAUUCGUUUUCACUGCUUUGUCAAAAUGCCACCAUCGGAUAAAAGUGGCCCGGGUUCUGGGGAUGGGAAUGACGGAGAUGCCAUCCAAGUACUAGUACGAGUGCGCCCUCCAGAUGAUCAGUCAGAACUGAAGUUUGACAACGGCCACUGCAUUCAAGUAGACACUGACCAGAAAGCAGUAUUUUUAUCUUGCAAAGCAGACCCUAAAAUCUUCACCUAUGACAGUGUGGCAGGUGCUAAUGCUACUCAGGCCUCCUUAUUUUGGACUGUUGGGAAGAAAUCAGUUGACAGCUGCAUUCAGGGAUACAACAGCACUAUAUUUGCAUAUGGCCAGACAGGCUCUGGGAAAACCUUCACCAUGCUGGGACCCUCUGAGUACAGUGAAGAGCUGCAGGAUGAUAUGAGAGGGGUCAUCCCCAGGUCCUUUGAGUACCUGUUUAACUGUAUACCUAAAGAAGAGGCUAAGCAAGAAGGACGUGUACAGUUCUUAUGCAAGUGCUCUUUCAUGGAGAUCUACCAAGAACAAAUCUUUGACUUACUAGACCCAGCCUCUUCAAACCUCCACGUGAGAGAACACAUAAAGAAAGGAGUCUAUGUGGAGGGCCUAACAGAGGAAACUAUUACUAGUUCUAGUGAGGCCUUUCAGGUGCUGUCUGAAGGCCAGAGGAAUCGCAGAGUGGGGUCGACAUCCAUGAACAGAGAAAGUUCCAGGAGUCAUGCUGUAUUCAUCAUUUCCAUAGAAUCAAGGGAAAAGAAAGAAGGAAUAGAGAAAGUCAAAUCUUCACAGCUGAAUCUGGUGGAUCUUGCUGGCAGUGAGAGGACCAAGGACACCAAUGCUACAGGCCAGAGACUAAAGGAGGGGUGCAACAUCAACAAAUCCCUGGCAGUACUGGGUCAUGUCAUCCUGUCCCUGGUGCAGAAACAAAAAUAUGUGCCAUACAGGGAUUCCAAGCUCAGCUUCCUCUUGAGGGAUUCCCUAGGUGGUAAUGCCAAAACAUUCAUGAUAGCCUGUGUCCACCCAGGAGCCAAGUACUAUAGCGAGACACUGUCCACAUUACAGUUUGCAAGGAGGGCAAAACUUAUAAAGAAUAAGGCUACGUUGAAUGAAGAUAUGCAUGGCAGCAUUGCAGAUCUCCAGGCAGAGAUCAAGAAAUUGAAGGAACAAUUGCAGCAGUAUGCCUCAGGUGCUAUUCUCCACGAGCCCAGCACAGCAGAGAGUCAGGGAGAUGAAGAAGUUUCUGGCAUGUCAUCAGGUAGAACAAAUUCUGUAUGGAGAAAGCAUUUCUUGGAGGCCAUGAUGCUGAGAGAAAUUGCCGAACAAGAUAAGAAGAGCCUGGAGGAGAAGAAAGCAGGCCAGGAGCAGGAGCUGAAGGCCAGGGACUACAAGAUCAUGGCCAUCAACAUGAGGGUGAAGUUCAAGGAGAGUGCCCUCCAAAUGUUGGAGAAACACCUGAAGGCUGGGGACCCUGAUGGAGACGCCAAGGACGGGGUUAUUUGUAACUUGAGAGAGGAAAUUAAAAUGCUUCAGAAGGAAUUAGAACACAAUCCUGUUGUCACAAAGUUUGCUGUCGAAAACCAGAAUCUCCGAAGCGAAAUAAAAACUUUGAGAUCACUAGAAUCCAACAGAAAUAUUGUCAGAAUUACGGAACAGAAAGCACGAGACUUAGAAAAAAUAUACAAGGACUUGAUGAACGAGAACCAACAGCCCCAGGUGGGAGGAGAAUUUGACAGGAGACUCUCACUUUGCACCAUCCCUGCUGCGGAAGGCGCCAUCGAUGCUGCGGCCGUAGAAAAGUUGAAGUCUCAGAUAAACCACCUGCAGUCCCAGCUAGAGUCUGCCAAACAAGAGCUGUCAGAAAAAGAAGCAGUGUCAAAGAAAAUGGAGAUGGAUUUGAAAGCAGACCUGGCGUCAAAGGAGAAGACCAUAGCUGACCUCCACCACAACCUGGAGGCCAAGAACACCAGUAGCAGGAAUGAAAGGAAAAGUAUCACAGACAUGCAUAUAGAGACCAUCAGGGAAAUCACCACCCCUAAGAAAGCACUGUACAACCUCCGGAACAGAACCAUCCUGAAGCCAAUGUCUGGUGGCAGCAUUCAGUUUGACUUGACUGCAGAAGAGGAUGGAAUGGAGGAGAAGGAAGAGGUGGAGACUUUGAUGGACGUCGAGAUGCCAGAUCAAAUGAAGGAGCAGGCGCUGGACGCUCUGCUGGAAGAAAUUAAAAAACUGAAUGAGAAAAAUAAUGAGAAUCUGAAGACUCUGGAAGACAGGGAAACUGAGAUGCUGACACUGAAACAAAAUGCCUCCAAAUUAGAGCAUCAGGUUGAGAGCCUGGAGGAGAAGAAAGCAGGCCAGGAGCAGGAGCUGAAGGCCAGGGACUACAAGAUCAUGGCCAUCAACAUGAGGGUGAAGUUCAAGGAGAGUGCCCUCCAAAUGUUGGAGAAACACCUGAAGGCUGGGGACCCUGAUGGAGACGCCAAGGACGGGGUUAUUUGUAACUUGAGAGAGGAAAUUAAAAUGCUUCAGAAGGAAUUAGAACACAAUCCUGUUGUCACAAAGUUUGCUGUCGAAAACCAGAAUCUCCGAAGCGAAAUAAAAACUUUGAGAUCACUAGAAUCCAACAGAAAUAUUGUCAGAAUUACGGAACAGAAAGCACGAGACUUAGAAAAAAUAUACAAGGACUUGAUGAACGAGAACCAACAGCCCCAGGUGGGAGGAGAAUUUGACAGGAGACUCUCACUUUGCACCAACCCUGCUGCGGAAGGCGCCAUCGAUGCUGCAGCCGUAGAAAAGUUGAAGUCUCAGAUCAACCACCUGCAGUCCCAGCUAGAGUCUGCCAAACAAGAGCUGUCAGAAAAAGAAGCAGUGUCAAAGAAAAUGGAGAUGGAUUUGAAAGCAGACCUGGCGUCAAAGGAGAAGACCAUAGCUGACCUCCACCACAACCUGGAGGCCAAGAACACCAGUAGCAGGAAUGAAAGGAAAAGUAUCACAGACAUGCAUAUAGAGACCAUCAGGGAAAUCACCACCCCUAAGAAAGCACUGUACAACCUCCGGAACAGAACCAUCCUGAAGCCAAUGUCUGGUGGCAGCAUUCAGUUUGACUUGACUGCAGAAGAGGACGGAAUGGAGGAGAAGGAAGAGGCGGAGACUUUGAUGGACGUCGAGAUGCCAGAUCAAAUGAAGGAGCAGGCGCUGGACGCUCUGCUGGAAGAAAUUAAAAAACUGAAUGAGAAAAAUAAUGAGAAUCUGAAGACUCUGGAAGACAGGGAAACUGAGAUGCUGACACUGAAACAAAACGCCUCCAAAUUAGAGCAUCAGGUUGAGUCCAUGACAACAGAGAGACUAGAGCUGGUGAGAGAGAGGGACUCUUCAGUAUCCCAACUGGAGGCUUUGACACUGCAGUUACAGCAGGUUACAGACAACUUUACAAUGAUGGAAGGAGAGAAGGAAGACUACAGGGUACUCCUCCAGCAGGCAGACAAGGAAAUAGCUACCUACAAGUCCAAGAUCAAAUUAAGUGAUGAAGAAAAGGAAAAAGAGAAGGCAGCAAUUGAAACAAAGCUCCUAAGGAUUGAAAUCGAGCACUUUAAUCUCCAGAAGGAGUACCAGGCAGCACAAGAUGAGAAGUUGACAUUGGAGGAGCAAGUAGAAAACCUUCAGGACACUAAAAGCUUCAUGGAAGGGCAGGUUGCCACCCUGGAGGAGCAGCUGAAGACCUCCAUGGAGACCUGUAAGGAGAAGGAAGUUGAACUGAAGAGUCUGACCAGCCAAAUGGAGGCUGAGAGGGAGAAGGUAUCUAAGAUGACAGCUCAGUUGGCUACUGGGCAUGAAGUGCAACAAGAACUAGGCCAGGCCCUAGAGGAGAACAGUCGUCUCCAGAACCAGUGCAGUGUCCUGCAGUCCCAGUGUGACGCCCAGGACCAGAAGACCUCCCUGCUGGUGCAGGAACUAGAGACAGCGAAGAAUGCCGUCAGAGAGGCCAAUAAGGAGGCGGAGAGGGACAAGGCAGCCAUCGGGGAUAUGAUGACCAGAAUUCAGGAUCAGAAAUCCCAGAUUUCUGAGAACGCAGAAAUCCUGGCAGUGCUGAGGUCAGAGCUGACAGCCAGAGAGAAUGACGUCUAUUUGUUAGAGUGUCAAAAACAAGACACACAGACAGCGCUGGAGGAAAAGACCAAGCAAAUGGACGAGUUGUCAGCCAAGUUUGUGCUGGAGAAGGAGCAGCUUAGUGCCAUUGAGUCAAUGCUGCGAGAAGAUUUAGAAGUGGUCAGUGAGACAUUAGCUGAGUCUGAAGGUAGUCUGGAAUCUCUAAAGAAAGAGUAUCAAGAGCAAGCUGAAGUCCUUCAGGAGCAGUUGAAUCAGAAGACGGUGGAGAUGGAGGCAAUGAGAGAAGAGCUCCAGUCUCGCCUUGCUGCCAUGGAAACCAAGGCAGCCAUGUCCCUGGAGGAGAGCAAGAAAUAUUGUACCAUUAUAGAAGAGAAGACUGAAGAACUUGCUAAGUUGACCAAGUUAUUGGAGAAAGCACAAGGUGAAAGUGAUGAAUUGAGGUCAAAGGUGGAAUUAUUACAGGAAGAGGAUGCCAGGAAAACUGAGGAGCUGAAUACUGCUAUAGGAAAACUGGAGAUUCUAAAAGAAGAAAAUGCUCUCCCACAAAAUGAAAACAAAGAACUUCUAAACACAGUAGAACAGAAAACGGAAGAAUUGGAAAAGUUGACCAAGUUAUUAGAGACAGCACAAGGUGAUAGUGAUGAGUUGAAGUCAAAGAUGGAAUUAUUACAGGCAGAGGAUGCCAGGAAGACUGAGGAGCUGAAGUCUGCUUUGGGAAAAAUGGAGGCUCUGAAAGAAGAAACUUCACUGCAUCAAAAAGAAAUCGAAGAUCUUGUCGCCACUGUAGAACAGAAGACUGGAGAUGUGGAAAAUUUGACCAAGUUAUUAGAAGAAGCUCAAGAUGACAGAGAUGAUUUGAGGUCUAAGGUAGAAUUAUUACAGGAGGAGGAUGCCAGGAAAACUGAGGAGAUGAAGUCUGCUUUAGAAAAUAUGGAAGCUAUGAAAGUGGAAACUUCACUGCAUCAAAAAGAAAUCAGAGAACUUGUCGCCACUGUAGAAGAGAAGACCAGAGAUAUGGAAAAAUUGACCAAGUUAUUAGAAGAAGCACAAGGUGAUUGUGAUGACUUGAGGUCCAAGGUAGAAUUAUUACAGGAAGAGGAUGCCAGGAAAACUGAGGAGCUGAAGUCUACUUUAGAAAAAAUGGAGACCCUUAGAGAGGAAAAUGCCCGCCUGGUCGGCCACCAGAAUCCUAAACAGAAGAUCCAAUACCACAUGAGCCUGAAAGAUGAGAACAACAGGUUGAUGGAGGAAUUGGUAAAGACAAGAGAUGAACUCACCAGACUAAAAUUAGCACACAAGAAGCCGGUGGAAUCCUGCCUAAAAGAAAACAUGCAUCCUACCACUCUAAGAGGAACACCAAAAAAAUCGGUGUCCAGUUGAUAAAUCUAACAAGCUGCUAAAAGAUUUUUUUGUAAUGAAAGAAAUAUAACUUCCAUGAUAUGACAGAAGCAACCAUUGAGUUUUGACAUCAUUCAGUGAUAUGAGUGACAGAAUCGGAUGGAUAUUUCAAUGGAAAAUUAUGACAGGGGCCGAGAAAGCUCAAAAAUGAAUUUUACUUGCAGAAGUGGCAACAAUGUCGAUUUCAACCUCUUGGAUGAUUUUUUAAUCUAUUUUUUUAGAUUAAUAGUUUUAUCAUGGACCAAAAUUACUUUUCUAUUUUAUAUGAAGAAAAAGAGUGAAGGUUUGGAUUUUUUUAAUAAAAUAUUUGCAAGUACAUCGUACAGUGAUAGAAUCUUAAAAUGCUUAUCAUCUGCAAUUCUGAUGUGAAAGAUGAAUAAUUUUUGUGAAUAAUUGUAAAUUCAGAACCAUUUAUUCAGAGCUGUAAAUUUUUAUGUUUUUUAAUCACAUACAACAGAUGUACAUCUGAUUGGGGACCUAGCUUAUGGAGUUUGUUGGAGUCAGUAACAUUAUGAAGAUGAAAAAAAUGUGAACUAGAUAUAGUGAGGCGUGACUGUAUUAUUCAUAGUUGCCAUAAAUUAGUAUGUACUUGGUAGAAUUUGUCUGAAUAUGUGGUACAAAAUGUGAAAAUGGGCAAUGAUAAUAAAACAACAGUACAAAACUAA